GGGGAGGGGGCGCCGCGGCGGGAGCGGAGGCCGGAGCUGAGCGGGCCGGCGGGCGCGGGGCUCGGCGGCGGGGGUCGGCCGGGCCCGCGGGGUCCGCCCGGGCCGGAGCGUCCGCCGAGCGGCGGGAGGAGCGAGCGGCGCAGACAAAGAGCGGCGCCUGGGCGGGCGCAGCACGGCCGCCGCCCGGGACCCGCGCCGCUGCCCCGGCCUCGGCGGGCUGCGCGCGAGAUUUCCUAUGUUCCUUUCCUACAAGUGAUUUCCCGGAUCGUAAUUCUCUGCUGAGGUUUGAGUUGGAUUUGAGAAUUUGGAGAAUUCCUGCAGCUUGGUGACUUCGGGGGUGCAGUCAGCUGAAGAAUUCACCUUUUGAGGAGCUUUGCGUUGUGUCAUCUCUCGUAACUGAGUGCAGGAGAAGGACUCCAUGAAAGAUGACAGAGGAGGUCAUCGUCAUAGCCAAGUGGGACUACACAGCCCAGCAAGACCAGGAGCUGGACAUCAAGAAGAACGAGCGCCUGUGGCUGCUGGACGACUCCAAGACGUGGUGGCGGGUACGCAACGCAGCCAACAGGACGGGCUAUGUGCCGUCCAACUACGUGGAGAGGAAGAACAGCCUGAAGAAGGGCUCCCUUGUGAAGAACCUCAAGGACACGCUCGGCCUCGGCAGGACCCGCAGGAAGACGAGCGCACGCGAUGCAUCGCCCACGCCGAGCAUGGACGCCGAGUUCCCCACCAACGGGGGCGGCGCCGACCGCAUCUACGACCUCAGCAUCCCGGCUGUGGUCAAGUUCGCCUACGCGGCCGAGCGCGAGGACGAGCUGUCACUGGUGAAGGGCACGCGCGUCACCGUCAUGGAGAAGUGCAGCGACGGCUGGUGGCGGGGCAGCUACAACGGGCAGGUGGGCUGGUUCCCGUCCAACUACGUGCUGGAGGAGCUGGACGAGGCGGCCGCCGAUGUGCCUGGGGGCCCAAGCCUGCGGCCCGGCGCCGCGCUCAGCAACGGCCAGGGUGCGCGGGUCCUGCACGUGGUGCAGACGCUGUACCCCUUCAGCUCAGUCACCGAGGAGGAGCUCAACUUCGACAAGGGCGAGACCAUGGAGGUGAUCGAGAAGCCCGAGAACGACCCCGAGUGGUGGCGCUGCCGCAAUGCGCGCGGCCAGGUCGGCCUGGUGCCCAAGAACUACGUGGUGGUGCUGAGCGAGGGCCCCGCCCCGCACGCCGGCUCCGGCCCCACGGGGCCUGCGCGCGCCGGCCGGUUCGCAGGCCGGGAGUGGUACUACGGGAACGUGACGCGCCACCAGGCCGAGUGCGCGCUCAACGCACGGGGCGUGCAGGGUGACUUCCUCGUCCGCGACAGCGAGUCCUCGCCCAGUGACUUCUCCGUGUCUCUCAAAGCAUCAGGGAAGAACAAGCAUUUCAAGGUGCAGCUGGUGGACAACGUCUACUGCAUUGGGCAGCGGCGCUUCCACACCAUGGACGAGCUGGUGGAGCACUACAAGAAGGCCCCCAUCUUCACCAGCGAGCAUGGGGAGAAGCUCUACCUCGUCCGGGCGCUGCAGUGAGCCCAACAGACGCCCCGGGAAGGCGCCCCAGCCGGGGCACUCCUGCAGGCCCUCUCUCUCAGCCUGGUUCCCCUUUCUGUCCGGGUCGGUUCGUUUGCAGUCCGCCCCCCUGGGCCGUCCCAGGCCCUCCUGGAUGGUUUUAGUGAUGGGGAGGUGGCGGGGCGAGUCGGCUCAUCUUACUCCUUCUCCGCGGGAGCCAGCCUUAGUCCGUUCAAAUCGCUCACGCCAGCAGACCACCCCCCCUCCCCCCUUGAGGACAUCGGGUGCGGUCUGGAUGCAGCGGAGCUGUCCUUACUUCCAUGAGCCACAGUGCACGCGACAGCAGAGCCGGGCCGAGGUGGCACCUGCCUGGGGGCCACCUGUCCUGGUCCCGGCAGCCCUGGAUCCAUGUCAUUGGCACUCACACGGCUCCCAGACUCUCCGGGGGUGACCCCGGGCACUCGUAGCAAUACUGGAACCAGUGGGUGAGACAGGAGGGAAGAAGCUGUCCAGUGCCUUUGGGGCUGCACUUGCAAUAAAGGAAAGAGGUCCCGGAAAGUCAGUCUGCAGAAGAGGGGCCGGAGACCCAGAAGGAUGGAGGUUUCAGAAAUGUCCCCCCAGGUGUGCCAUCUGCAUAGUGCUUUUUCCUCCUGCCCUUUGGCUUGUUUCAAUUCCACAGUGAUGUAUUUAAUUCUCAAAGUCUUACGUAUCUGUAGCCAUUUGUUGACACUAAUACAAAAGAUUAAGGAAAACAGCUGAUCUUUGGGGGAGGGGAGCAACCAACACUUCUCACACACACACACACACACACGCACACAGAGAAAAUAUAUAUAUAUCUAUAUUAUUUGCUUUACAGGGAAAUUUUUCAGGGUUUACAAGAGGAUAUGUGAUUGGUAGUAAGAGACACAGAAUGUUUAUGAAGAAACUGCGUUUUCUUUUUUCUCUACAUUUGAACUCCUUUAUAGUUUAAAUAGACACUCUUGAGAUGCCACAUUCCCACGUUGAGGAAGGGGUCUUGAGACCUCCUAAACUUGCAUACUCAGUUUUUUGGAUAUUGUAAUAAAAAAAUAUUCUGACAAGA